GUAGCUUUAUUUUAAUUCGCCUAUUAUUUGAACGGAAUCAUAUUUAAAAAAGUUUCGGAGAGGUAUAUAUUUUUCUAACAACUAGUUAAGAGUCUAUACGUACUGGUAGGAGUUCCUUACCAGUAAGAUUGCGAUUCUGGAAUAGUUUUGCGGUGUUACUGCUAAAGACAAGGUAAAUCAAGAUGACAAGCCACACGGAUAAUGGUGCUACAGAUCCCAAAUUCUUCGAUCUCAAAGAUCUUCCUCACAUAGUCAGACCGUUAGACAGACGUGACAAAGUUGAAACAGACAUUUUAAAUGUUAUUGGAAAUACUCCAUUGGUCAAACUUGAGCGAAUACCUAAAGAGGAGGGUGUACAGUGUGAUGUUUAUGCAAAAUGUGAGUUUUUGAACCCCGGAGGAUCUGUGAAGGACCGCAUCGCAUACAGGAUGGUGGCAGAUGCUGAACAUAAAGGAGUCUUAGUUCCUGGAAAAUCUGUCAUCAUAGAACCAACAUCUGGAAACACAGGAAUAGGCCUUGCUCUGGCUGCUGCAGUCAAAGGCUACAGGUGCAUUAUAGUGUUGCCAGAGAAAAUGUCUGAUGAGAAGGUGAACACUUUGCGCGCCCUGGGGGCCGAGAUUGUGAGAACCCCCACCGAGGCGGCCUCCAGCGACCCUGACAGCAACAUCAACGUAGCCAAACGCUUGGCUAAAGAGAUACCUAAUGCUGUUGUUCUAGAUCAGUACAACAACCCAUGCAAUCCCCUGGCGCACUACGACGGCACGGCCGAAGAGAUUCUGUGGGCGAUGGACGACCAUCUGGACAUGCUGGUGAUAGGAGCCGGAACUGGGGGCACUAUAUCCGGAACAGCACUGAAGAUCAAGGAGCGCUGCCCCAGCUGCGUGGUGGUGGGGGUCGACCCCCUGGGAUCCAUACUCGCGCAGCCCCACGAUGUUAACAAGACCGACGUGACUUAUUACGAAGUGGAAGGUAUCGGGUACGACUUCAUCCCGGCGACGCUCGACCGUGCCGUUGUGGACCGCUGGGUCAAGACAGAUGAUGUGCACACGUUCAACAUGUCGCGGAGACUUAUCAAGGAGGAGGGGCUGCUUUGCGGUGGCAGCAGCGGGUCUGCGAUGUGGGCCGCCAUGCAAGCCGCCAAGUCGCUGAAGGCCGGCCAGAAGUGUGUGGUGAUAUUACCUGACAACAUCCGCAACUACAUGACUAAGUUCAUCUCCGACCAGUGGAUGGAAGCGCGCAAUUUCAAGCCCCUCAUUAAGCAUGAAACAUUAUGGUGGUGGGACAAGCCGCUGUUGGAGGAGAUGGUGCAGAGGCCGGCGGUGACCGUCUCCAGCGACAGUUCGCCGAGGGACGCCAUCGCCGCGCUGAGGAACACGCACGCGCCCAUGCUCUUCAUAAUCGACCAAAAUAAAUCCAUAAAAGGCGUAUUCACCGCGGACAAUGUAAGAAGAAGGGUGACCAACUUAUCAGGGAACACCUCGGAGACCCUAGAUAAGUUUACAGUGAAAAAGUAUUACAAAGUGGACCUUGCGCAAAAGCCUACCUUAGGUCUCAUCUCUCGGAUUCUGGACAUGACACCCUUCGUCGCUGUCGUCAAGACUGAUGAUACACCAUUAAAAUUAGAACAGCCUGUCGGAGUUGUGACGUCAGACGACCUGCUCAUAAACACAAUAGAAGUGAAUCACGUCAAUGGAAAAUAGCCUAAGAAUCAAUGUGAAUUUGCAUAACUGUAUGGGAGAUUAUUAUAAUUUGAUAGUACAUUUUUUACAUCAAGUGUCACAAUUUAUUGUUAAGUAUAGUCGCAGUUAUACUAUACACUGCAAAAUUUAUAAAUAUUGUAUGAUUUCUGUGAUCUAAGAAGUAACAAUCAAAUAACAUGUUGUGGUUUUGCAAGAAGGCUAGUUAACUGAAUCAAAUAAGUUUAACUUGUUCCCUGUAUUAGUGGGAACUGCAAUAAUAGUUUCAACAUACAACUGCAGAUAACUUGGUAUUUACUGAUGUUUAAGGAAAAUUUUUGGUGUACUUUAUUCCAGUCAGCAAUGAUUUAUGAAGCAUUUCGUAAGCAUUUAGUAUUAUUAUGACUACUUAUUUUUACUUUUUGUUUUGAUAAACAGUUUAUAAUCAACUAAUAGUUUAGCUAAAGGGUUACAGUAUAUUAUAUUAAAAAAAUAUAAUUAUAGUACUUAUUUACUUUA